UGCUCCCAGUCGGCAUCCGAGAAGACCGUUGGCUCCAUGGAUCCAUGCGCAGAUGAACAGCUCUUGAAGCUUGAUCCGGCGGAAGCGGGAUGCACCACAGGCCGCUCGAGUUUCCUGGUCUGUGACUGACGAUGGCCUUGCACGGUAUCCCGAGAUGCCGACAUCCUGUUGGUGUACUCGAGGGUAGGUACCUCAUUGAUGCAUACAUGUACAUACCUAGGUAUAUGUAAAACAGCAUGGUACACCUACUGGAAUCCAUCCCCACACCAAAUCCACAAUCUACAUACAUAGGUACAUGACAGACACAAAAGAAGAAUAAUCGCAACAGCAUGUUCAUGUUUCGUUCCCUUCCACCUGCAGCUGAAUCGUGACCAUGUAACUGCUCAGCCCCGUUGCAGGAUUGGCUGCAAACGCCACGCGUCAAGUUGCUGCUGACUUCGACCGACUUCUAAGCCCCCCCGUUCAGGCCAUAAUACAUCACGGCCUGCCAGUUGCAUCCACUGGUGCCUGAUCUCCCGCGCCCGUGGGAUCAGAACAGCUGUCUGGCUGACUCUCUUUCUUUCAAAUCGUCUCUCUUUCCACCGCCGUGUCCCCAGCUCGCCGGCUGGUUUGCCACAGCUUUCUUUCCAGUUUGCUUUUGUUUCCAUUUGUUCUCGUCUCUUUGAACUAUGCGGUCCUUCAAAUCAAAGGUGCUGUCGGCUUGUGCCUGGGCCGCCGUACCGGUACUCGCAUCAGUCUUCCCGCCAGCUCCCCAAGCUCCACACUCCCAGCGUGUUGAACCGAAGGCGGACGUUUUGGAGCUGGACGUCCACGACACUUACGCGCAAGCUACCUUCAGUGUCCCAUGUGCAAACUGUCUUGGCUCGGAUCACACGAGCCAUGAUGACGAGUCCAUAAUCCUUAGCUUUAAGGCUCACUCAUUCAAUGAACCAUGUGGUACCAGUAACAUCACCUUGAACGGACAGUACCUGCCCCACGAAUGGCAAGGUGACGUCGCGUCUGGCUCUGCUUCCUACACUGGUGUCACUGACGUGGAUGCGAAUGCCUGGCUCCUUCAACACGAUCUUGACCUCGAGUGGGAAAACACUUGUGUCCACGGAGAGGACGAAUCGGAUGACGCUGCCCAAAUCCUGACUGUCAACAUCAAAGCUAUCGACGGCAGACCCACCCAAACCCCAUCAGGCUUCACAGUGUCAUUCAAGCAACAGCAACACCCUCCGGAACUCCUUCGGCUUGAAUCAGUACCUAAUCGCUCAGCAGCCGACAAACAACAAGCACAGUCUUGGUUGGCACCCCCCUCUGAGCUUCGAUUACGCCUGCCACCCAAAGAGGACCGUCCAUCUCCGGAACAUCCACCGUCCCUUUCUCUAGAAAACGAGAUUAGCGAGCUCGAGGCACUCCGAACUGAAGUGCAAAAACUCCAAGAGGUCAUUGACGAGAAAGAGACUCUCAUCAAGCUACACAUCGAAAAAGAAACCGGGAACUUGCGCGAAAAGCUCGGAGAGUGUGACGGCUUCAAAUGUUUUGUCAAAACCAUCGCCAACGGAGCUCAUGGUGCAUGGAGAAUUUUCUACAUCCGUCUCAAAUCGAAGCACCGCCAUAACGAACAACCGAUGGGGAAACUCGAAGAUGAAUACCAUGGUCUGAGGAAGAGCCACUACAAGCAGUUCCCGGCUAUUGAAGGUCAUGUCCGCAUCACAUCAGAUGAAGGUUCUUCGCCCCCUCCACCUUCCCCCGAGCAGGAUGCUCACCGACCUCGUCCCCGAAUGCCCUCACCCAAUUCACCAUUCGUCAUCGCGAUCGAGGUUGUGCUCGGUAUUCUCUGCUGCGGCUGUCUCGUGACAGCACUCCGCAGUACUCGAUGCUGCAGUCUCCGCUCCCGCACCGAACGAGCAGCCGCCCGCGAAGAACGUCGAAACGCACGAGCAUACCGCCGCGCUGCACGCAACCACGCAUGGCGCAACUGGUGGCGCGGCAACUGGAGAGAUCGCUCGAGAAUCGAAGACUACGAAGAAAAGCGAAGCCUGAUCCAGGACCAAGAAAACGUCCUCGAAGACGCGAUGCAGGAGGAAAUCAGACAGCUCCGUGCCGCCCACGGCAUUGUAAACGAGCUGAUCGGAGCAGAAGAAGGGCGCUCAUCCUCGUCACCAUCGUCCCGUCAACGCCCAUCUCACAUUCACUGUCCUGCACCCCAACAACCUAUUAUCCCCGAGGCGCCGUACUCACCCCUAUCCGCCACAUCAACAUACCCGCCCACCUCACUUCCUGAAUGCCCAUCCCGUCCUCUCUCUCGAACAGACAGUCUACCCGGGUACGCUUCCAGCAGUCCCCCGGCAUACGAAGAAGACGAAGACGUGUCGGACUCGGUCGCCAACGGUUUCAGAAACUACGUAACCUCACCCACGACUUCGACUUCAUCCGCGGCAUCGUCUGCUAGCUCGCGGUGGACACCCGAUUCAAGCGUUGUGGACGUGAGUCCGAGACCGAGUGCGGAUACGCUGCGAUACGCCGAGACUUCGUAUGCGGAGACUACGGAGACGGGCGUCGGGGAGAAGAAUUGAUCGCUCGUCUCUUCUUGUUUCCGUCAUGUAGCUGAUUGAUGUUCAUGAAGGACGGCGUUUGAAUUCUCUUUCCUCUCUUCCUCUUUCCUUUUUCCUUUUUUGUUCCACGGCAAAUGCUAGUGCAGCGACAGCAGGUGCCGCGGACUUUUAUCCUUAUCCUCUUUCUAUAUCUCUUUAUUCCCAUCUAUUUCGCUUCCCUUUUCCUCUUUUCUUAUCAACAUUCCUCUUUUCCUUAAGCACAUCAUCAAACUUCCCCCCUAUGCAUAUGCAUCAAGCCCUCCCUGCGGCAUAGUCAAAGGCAUCAUUCUCCAGGUGUGUCAAUAGGCAUUGAGCCAAUCCACACUAAUUGACAGCCACCACCACCGCUUCUACUAAUCACCCAUCCAUCCAUCUCUUUUCUUCUCAUCCACAGCAGUGUGUACGACUAUUCCCUUUCCUCUUACUUUUUUCUCAUCUUUCCUUUCCUCAUUCAUCAACAGGCGUAUCAAAGUCAGCGGCGCGGGUGAAGAUGUAAUAAUUUCUGGGCCGCGGGGUGGUGAGGCAGAGUGAAGUAAAUCAAAGCAUUAGGACGUAUAUAUAUAUACAUAUACAUAAACAGUGACAAAGCAGACACUGAUUUGAGAUUUCGAUUGACCGGGUCGGUAAGACGUCGAUUCAUCGGGUUUCGAUAAAUAUCAAUUUCAAAGUGAUGAAGUAUCAAUGAAAUGAAUUCCGUGGACUUUUUUUUUGGCGGCAGUGUACAAAAGUGAAGAACUAUAGAGAUGCCUUUCUUAUGUGAUAUGGUAAGGCAAGUGAUACGAGCCAAAUUCAUAACAGUUUCGUCUCCGUACGUUGUUGCUCUCACCGACUUCACAUACCAAUGGU